AUGAACCAGCUGUGCAAGGUGUGUGGGGAGCCGGCCGCGGGGUUCCACUUCGGGGCCUUCACCUGCGAGGGAUGCAAGUCGUUCUUCGGGCGCACGUACAACAACCUGUCACAAGUGCACGAGUGUAAGAACGGCGGCCAGUGCGUCAUCAACAAGCAGAACAGAACCUCGUGCAAGGCUUGCCGCCUCAGGAAGUGUCUCAUGGUGGGCAUGUCCAAGACGGGAUCCAGGUACGGCCGACGCUCCAACUGGUUUAAGAUCCACUGCCUGCUACAGGAGCAGGCCGCCUUCAACGGCCAGCCGGCCACCAGCCUGCGGCCGCCCAUCACACCCACGCUGCAGGACGGCUCGCUGCCCUACGUGGCGGGCCGCCUGCGGGACGCCAUGGGCCACGAGGCGCCGCUGAGGCCACCCGCGCCGCCGCCCCACGACCUGCCCGCCGCGCUGUCCACGCUGACGGCCGCCACGCACCUCCAGCAGCGGGAGGGCGGCGGUGGCCCCGAGAUGGAUGGUCGCCGCGAGCAGCUGCUGGCGGCGCUGCGUCAGUGCCACGCCCUGGAGGCCCCGCGUCACGCCGCGGACCUGGACCUACGGCGACCCGUGGACCUGGAGGCGCUGCGCCGCCACCUGGAGCCCGAGGGGGAGCGCGCGGCGCCGCUGGCCCUACUAGAGUGGGAACGGCGCCUGCGGGAGGCGGCGCGGCGCGGCGCGCACCACCACGGCCUGGAGCGGAAGGCGCCGCCGAUGGAGGCCAAGGCGCCGCCCGCCGCCUCGCCCGACAUGGACGCCGCCUCCGCACCCGCCAAGGACGACUUCGAGCGGCAGUGCGGCGGCGGCGGCGGCGGGGGGCGAAGCUCCCCAGGCACCUGCGGCCUCAUGACGGAGGAGGAGCGGCUCAACUUCUUGAAGGCGGUGGCGAGCCCCGCCCCCCCGCAGCCGCCCGUGACCUGCGGGGUGCGGGCGCCGCCCCCCCACGACCUGCUGACGUACUCGUCCCUCAACAACAACCUGUUCCCCUUCGCGCCGUGCCCGCCGCUCUGGUCCUCCGUCCUCCCCUUCCCGCCCCUCGCCAAGUUCUACCCGCCCCUGCCCGCCCCCGCUCCCCCCACGCCCCCCGCCCUGAAGCCCGCGGUGUUCGGCGCCCCCGAGGUGUCGCGCGCCGCCUCGCCGCAGCGCCUGGCCCAGGAGGACGCCGCCACCAAGAAGCGCUUCCUGGACGCCGUGCUGCAGGUGCAGCGCCGCAGUCAGACGCCCUCGCCGCGCCAUGACGCCGCGCCCGCCGCCGUGCGCCCUCCCCACAGCGCCCACGCCUCGCCGCCCGCCGCCCAGGCCGCGCCGCACGACCAGCCCAUCGACCUCACCGUGAGGCGGAAGCGCAAGAUGGACAAGAGCGAGAUCCAGUACCACCCCGGCGACGACAAGUGGCUGCGGGGCGGCGAGGACGACGACGACGACGACGAGGACGAUGAGGUGGAGGAGAUCCUGGAGGACGAGGACGAGGAGGAGGAGGUGGAGGAGGAGGACGAGGCGGUGGAGGAGGUGGUGGAGGAGGAGGGCAAGGCGGAGAGCGAGGGUCAGGUGGAGGUGCCCGUGAAGCUGCUCAAGCUGGACGCCGCGGGGGGGACGGUCAUGGUGUGA